CUCUAUCGCUACCUCCCAUCCUCUUAAAUAUUUCAAUUCAUGCCUCAGAAUACGCACUACACAAUUCAAUAUCAAUAAAAACAAUGUACCCUUAUUAAAUUCUCUUCACUUUAUAACCUAUACUAUAGACUAUAUGCUUCAAAUAUCUUAGCCCUUCUUUCUUCUUCUUCAUCAUUCCUAGCACAGCAAAAAAAUGGCUAACAAGCUAACAAUGGUUGGAUACUACAUUAUUCUAAUAACAAACUGUGUUCUCUUGAGCACUCUCUGCUUAUCAUCAUCUGCAAAUGCUAAAUUUGCAAAGAAGACUUACAUCAUUCAAAUGGAUAAGUCUGCAAAGCCAAACACAUUUUCCAACCACCUUGAAUGGUAUUCAUCAAAAGUGAAAUCAGUUCUGUCCAAAUCUGAUGAUGAGAUACGCAACGAAGAAGAAGAGAGGAUCAUAUACACUUACGAAACAGCUUUUCAUGGCGUGGCUGCAAAGUUGACCGAAGAAGAAGCAGAGAAGCUAGAAUCAGAAGAAGGAGUAGUGGCCAUAUUCCCAGAAACAAAGUACACGCUUCACACAACAAGAAGCCCAGGUUUUCUGGGCCUUGAACCAUUGGAUAGCACCGACAAAAUCUGGUCAGAGAAUGUUGCUGAUCAUGAUGUCAUCGUUGGAGUGCUGGACACAGGGAUUUGGCCCGAGAGUGAAAGCUUCAACGACACAGGAAUGAAACCGGUUCUAAACUGCAACAAGAAGAUUGUGGGAGCAAGAAUAUUCUACCGCGGGUAUGAAUCCGCAACAGGAAGAAUGGACGAGAAAGCAGAAUACAAAUCACCAAGAGAUCAAGAUGGUCAUGGAACUCACACUGCAGCAACAGUUGCAGGUUCACCGGUGCGCGGUGCUAACCUUCUCGGCUACGCUUACGGCACCGCGAGAGGGAUGGCACCGUCGGCAAGAAUCGCAGCGUAUAAAGUUUGCUGGACCGGUGGAUGCUUCAGUUCUGAUAUUCUCUCAGCCGUGGACAGAGCCGUGGCUGACGGAGUAAACGUUCUAUCAAUCUCUUUAGGUGGCGGAGUCUCCUCUUACGACCGAGAUUCUUUAUCCGUUGCCGCAUUUGGAGCAAUGGAGCACGGAGUUUUUGUUUCUUGCUCUGCCGGAAAUGCAGGCCCUGACCCUGUGAGUCUGACCAACGCUCUACAAAGGAACAAGCGUUCUCUCGUUGAAGAAGCAGUAUCCUCUGGUGUACUUAGGAGGCAACUCAUCAUCCCUGGAUCCAAGAUCUUUGUGCUUGGAAGGAACCUUGGAUCCUAAAAUAGUGAAAGGGAAGAUUGUGAUCUGUGACAGGGGAAUCAGUGCAAGAGUUCAGAAGGGGCAAGUAGUGGCAUCAGCAGGAGGAGUUGGAAUGAUUCUAACAAACACCGCCACCAACGGCGAAGAGCUUGUUGCCGACUGCCACCUCCUUCCGGCGGUGGCAAUCGGAGAGACAGAAGGAAAAGAGCUCAAACGUUACGUGUUAACAAAAAAGAACGGAAAAGCAACUGCAACUCUGGCUUUCAUGAACACAAGAUUGGGAAUUAGGCCUUCCCCUGUGGUGGCUGCGUUUUCUUCAAGAGGGCCUAAUUUCUUAACACUUGAGAUUCUGAAACCUGAUCUGGUGGCUCCCGGUGUCAACAUUCUUGCCGCGUGGAGCGGCCUCAUUGGUCCAUCUAGCUUGCAGACAGAUCACAGAAGGGUCAAGUUCAACAUACUCUCCGGAACUUCAAUGUCAUGCCCUCAUGUUAGUGGUGUUGCCGCAUUCAUCAAGUCUAAGCAUCCUCAAUGGAGUCCUGCAGCUAUCAAAUCUGCACUCAUGACAACCGCUUAUGUUCAUGACAACACAAUCAAGCCUCUCAAAGAUGCAUCUAGUGCUGUUCCUUCCACUCCUUAUGAUCAUGGUGCUGGCCACAUUAAUCCAAGAAAGGCUCUUGACCCUGGCUUAGUCUAUGACAUUAGUCCACAGGAUUACUUCGAAUUCUUGUGCACACAGAAGCUAACUACACCACAGUUAAGAGUUUUUGGCAAAUCCUCUAACAGAACUUGCAAGCACUAUCUUUCAACUGCUGCUGACUUGAACUAUCCAGCAAUAUCUGUGCUGUUUCCUGAGAAAGCUUCUGUUUCUUCUUUGACUGUUCAUAGAACUGUUACCAAUGUAGGACCUGCUGUUUCCAAGUACCAUGUGAUGGUGUCACCAUUCAUAGGUGCUUCUGUGAAAGUUGAGCCUGAUGUGUUGAAUUUCACAACCAAGUAUCAAAAAUUGUCUUAUAAGGUUACGUUUACUACAAGGUCUAGGCCUAAGGAACCCGAAUUUGGAGGUCUGGUUUGGAAGGAUGGUGUGCACAGGGUGAGAAGCCCCAUUGUCAUAACAUAUAUGCCUCCAAUAUGAUGAACAAUGAUUAUGAACUUCUCUGGAACUAGUUCCAAAUUUUCACCUGUUUUUUAUUUUUAUUUAUUUUGUUUUUUUUGUAGUAAGCAAACUUUAUGUACCAAGAAGUGCAUGCAGUUUUAUUACAGAAUAUGCUUUGAUGAUGUUGGCUGCAUCUAUCCAAUAAUGACCUUUCAUUUCAUUUCA